UCGCACGAUGAUUGCCCGCGCUGCUAUUCGCCCCGUCGCCUCACGCGCCGUUGCCAGGUCUGCUGUCCAGUCCCGUGGUCUGCACGUCGAGAACACCGUUUAUAACAACAUGCCGUUCAGCUACAAGAAUAAGAGGGUGUUCGCUGUGAAGAUGAGCCUGUUCUUGGGCGUUGGCUUUGCCCUUCCCUUCAUUGCCGCCGCAUAUCAGCUGAAGAAAUCCGGUGGGACGACCCCCGCGUAGACGGACUGCAGGGUGAAAUCAAAUAGCGCAAUGUUGGAAAGGAUGCCAUUGCAUUGUACAUAACGUUGCUGGUUGCAACUGUAACCGGUAUCUAAUGUCCCAAGUCAC